GAGCGUGACCGGACGGAAUUCGUUCCGGCGGACAGUAGUGACCCAGUGGCCGUCACCCACAAUGGAAGACAGGCGGGCCGUGACGCUUAUGUGUCCCCGCUGGAGGCCAACCUGCUCAGAGAUGCUCGGCCACACGAACUGGUCGGCGCUCGGGCUGCUGCCGCUGCUCGUUUGCCCUGCAACCGAAGGACUGCAGCCUCGAUUAUCCGGCCUCGAGAGGGUGCUACUACGGCGGGGCGGCAAUCUGACGGGUCUGCUGGCACUGCUGGCGCCACUGGCCGCGCUUCCGCUGAUCGCCGGCACAGCGCUGCCCCUGAGCAUGGCGCCACUGCUGGCGCCCGCAAUGAGCACGGUGCUUGGACGGAGGAGGAGGAGGGACCUACUCGCAACCUUCAUCGGAAAAAACGAGGAGCAGCAGCAAGACGAGGUGCUGGCGGGAUACCUGCAGUGUAGCGGCAUGUUGGCCGCCGACAACCACUGCCUCGAGCGGCUCGCGUGCCAGUUCUCGGCAGACGCCCUGCGCGGACCGUUGCACAAGGACGUCGCCUCCUUGGUCAUCUACACCCUGCUGAGGAAUCAAUUCAUCCCGGAACGCUUCAAGCAGCGGCUGCGCUCGGCCGCCCACCAGGCGCGCUCCUCGGACUGUCGGCGGCGCUUUCCAUGCACCCAACAGCGACCAUAACAGUAAUAAA